AUGAGCUCUGAAGAGGACUAUUUCGAUGAGCUCGAAUGUGACCUUGCCGAUGAGAUUAAAGAGGAACAAGAGUACGUACAACUUAAAAGGGUUACUACAGUUAAUAGCCAAACAGAACAAUUAAAUCCAUCCGAAACCCUACUAGAAAUUAUAGGAUUAUUCAAGACAUUGACACACCUAAGUCCUGAUGGGUUGUCUCUAUCAGAGAUAUCCCAGGUUUUACCGAAAAUUGCCGAUAUAAAGAGAAUUUUACAACAAGAAAGAAUAGAUUUCAUAAAGCUGCUACCGUCUUUAAACGAAAUUGUUCCUCUUAUUAAGAACAAUAUUAAAUUGCUGCACAACUAUCUAAUUUUACUGUACAAAGGACGUUUUCCAGAACUAUCUUCAUUGAUACCGUCACCAUUACAAUACUCAAAAGUGAUAACCAUACUCGAAAAUGAAGAUUGGUCAAAAAAUGAAAGUGAUGAACUACUUUCACACUUGGAAAAAGAAGCAAAGCUGACCAAAGAACAGAUCCUCGUUUUGACAAUGUCCAUGAAGACAUCUUUCAAAAACAAGGAGCCAUUGAACAUCAAAACAGGGACGCAGAUUCUAGAAACCAGUAGCAUAUUGGAAAAUUUAUGGAGAUUACAGGAAGAUAUAGGUCAAUACAUAGCCUCAAAGAUAUCACUAAUUGCCCCAAAUAUGUGUCUUUUAGUCGGUUCGGAGAUAGUAGCCCAGUUAAUAGCACAUGCUGGAGGCGUCUUGGAGUUUAGUCGGAUUCCCAGCUGUAACAUUGCAUCUAUCGGGAAGAAUAAGCACCUCUCACAUGAGUUACAUACUUUAGAGAGUGGAGUACGACAAGAGGGAUAUCUUUUCACUUCUGAUCUUAUCCAAAAAUUUCCUGUUGCUAUUCAUAAACAAAUGCUAAGGAUGCUUUGUGCAAAAGUAUCACUGGCCGCAAGAGUUGAUGCAGGUCAGAAAAAUGGUGAUAGGAAUACAGAUCUAGCUCAGAAAUGGAAAACCGAACUAUCAAAGAAAGCUAGGAAACUAUCAGAGGCCCCGACCAUCGCUGAAACGAAGGCUCUACCUAUUCCGGAGGACCAACCCAAAAAGAAAAGAGCUGGAAGAAAAUUUAGGAAGUACAAGGAAAAAUUUAGACUAUCUCAUGUUAGACAGUUGCAAAAUAGGAUGGAAUUUGGCAAGCAAGAACAAACUGUUCUUGAUUCGUAUGGUGAAGAAGUUGGCUUGGGUAUGUCUAAUACUUCCUUACAGCAAGCCGUGGGAGCGAUACCAGGUUCGAGAAGACCUGCUGGUAAUCAAGCUAAACUAACAAAGGUAAUGAAGCACAGAAUUUCUGAAGCUAAUCAGCAAGCUGAUGAAUACCUGAUAUCGUUGGGCCAUAAUGCGGAGCACCCCAAUCUGUCGCUAGGAAUGGCCCAAAAGCACAAGAAACAGCACACCAAUCCAGAAGAAGAGACAAUUUGGUUUUCUCAUCAUCUUUAG